AUGUCGCGGAUAGAAGAACUUCCCGAUGAUUUUGACGAGCGCGUCAAUCUCAAUGAUGCCCCCAAAGAAACCUCGAUCGAGGAGCUGUACGAUCAGCACAUCUCGGCAUUCGGUCCUGAACCAAACCAAAUGUCUUCCAAAAGCUUCGAGGAGAUCGCGCAGGACAUGAGCAAAACCCCGCUCUUCAUGAACAGUCUCGACGCAGCAGCUAACGACGAUGGAGAGAAUAUAAUGCUCGAGGCCAUCAAAGCCUUGCAGCACGAGGGUACAAAGGCGGACGUGGCCCAGGGAUUUAAAGAGCGUGGAAACGAAAUGGUCGCGGAGAAGAAGUGGAAGGAUGCUAAAGAGUUCUAUACCAAAGGGAUUGCAGUCCUGGCAGACAACGACGAGGAGAGAUGGGACAAGGCCGAGGAUCAGACGGCCGAGGAGAAGCUCCGGGUCUUGCUUAAUGAACAGCUCCAUGUCAAUCGAGCUCGCUGCAAUCUAGAGCUGAAAAACUACCGGUCGACCACUGCGGACUGUGCUGUUGCACUGCGUAUCAAUCCUUCGAACAUCAAAGCGCACUACAGGUCAGCCUCGGCCUUGUUCGCCCUGGACAAAGUGCUCGAAGCGCUAGAUGUGGCAUCCCGCGGCGUUAAGCUCGACCCAGACAAUACAGCGUUGAAGAAAUUGCUGGAUCAGAUCAGAGGCAGGAUGAAAACUAAAGAGACAGAAGACCGCCGGCGCCUGGCGGAGCUGAGAAGGAAACAGCAGGAGAGGAUGGUUUUAGAGGCGGCGUUGAAGGCACGAAAGGUUACCGUGCGUGGUUCCAAACAGCCUCCAAAUCUGGAAGACGCAACUAUUCGAUUGUCGCCAGACCCUCUAUCGCCGACCAGCCUGCUAGAGUUCCCGGUCAUGCUGCUCUAUCCGAUGCAUAACCAGACAGAUCUGAUCAAGGCCUGGGCUGAGAAAGAUGCCAUCACCCAUCAUUUGAGCUACAUUCUGCCCCUGCCGUGGGACAGUAAGAACGAGUACAAAUUGUCGACGGUAGACUGUUACAUGGAUACAAUCAGCGGCGGGCUGAUGAAGGUUGGUAAGAAGUUGACUUUGUUGGAGGCGCUCUCGAACGGGAAGAUCGAAGUGGUGGACGGGCUGGUGAGGAUUUAUGUGGUGCCAGGGCCAUUGGCACCUCAAUGGAUAGCAGAGAUGAAGCAGAAAAGAGGCAAAUAG